GCUCGGGGUCCUCUUAUCGUCGAGUGGAAGUCGAGGAGAUUGAAAUAAAUCGGUGUUCGUUUUUUCAAGAAACUAUGAGGCAAACGUCGGAUGUACUUUUGCGUACACGCGCCUCGUUCGUUGAACGUUGCGGCAACGUUUGUUCCCGAUGAGAUAACCGCUUAUCGCUCCGGGUACACGCAUAGUGAAGUUGUAAAAACUAGAAACUUUACACCUGCGCAGGUGCGCGGUAAGCAUCGCGACACGAGAGUUGGUUAAAACGUUUCAAUCGGCGUUUUCGUAUCGCUCGCAUCGCCUACCGAUACUCCGUCUGUUUUCGAUGAGGACAAUCAACCGAGUCAAAAGUAUCUACGUACACAUUGCGUAACAACCAAUUGCCUCAGAAAUUUUGAACACCUGCGCGGUUAAUAGCUACACGGUAUUUCGUUACACCUGUAAUGAAAUCAUCACCGCGUUCGAUUCGAUCGAGAGAUCUCCGUCGAAUUUUUUUCACGUCGCGAGCGCGUCUGAGUACUACAUAGUUCGUGGUUGACGGACCAAUCGGAUCGAUCGCCCAAAAUUUGAAUCGAAUCGAGUGAUCUUCCGUUGCUUUUGAACAGUCGACAAAAGUUUCUAGGUGAAAUUGACAAGGAAUUUGGUAUACAGUGGAAAUCGAACUUUUCAAAACGAAUAAAGAUUUUGACGAAAAGAAGUGACAGUUGGUCACCGGGACAUAUAAGGUGAACCGGUGAACGCAGUGUGGACGUUAGAUCUGUAAUUAGUUAGUCACUACGUUAUAUUACAAUGUGGAGAAAUUGUUUCACGUGGGUCGACGAGAGUGUAGUGUGUGUAAUAGUGUACGGUGUGGCGUACAGUUUAACGCGGGGGAUGCCCUGAGGUCAGUUUAGGAAGUAGGAGAAAAAGAACGGAGUCCCGCUACGUCUACGAGUAGAAAAAGCCCGAAGAUGAUUUCCCGUCGAUGAUAACCCGGAGACCCUGAGGAAGAGGCGGAAAAAAGAGAAACGAAAAGGAAAAAAAGACGGACGGAAUAAUAAUCGAGAUCAAAGACUCGGAAGGAAAGGAUGUCGCUGACGGUGGAAAUCCAGGCACCGGUCCUCAACGGAAAUGUGGGCGGUCAGACCUACAUCUCCGGAUCGAUCGGGGCGAAAUGCCUCUGCUGUCCGUACGGCUACCACAUCGAUUUGGACUUUGUGAGAUAUUGCGAGGCGGUAGCAGCUGGAAGUUCGGGAUCCGAUCGCGUCAGCGAGAGGCGAAGGAAGAGGGAACGCCGACGACAAUGUCAAUCGAUGGAGGUCCUCCUCGGGCUGGUGAGCCCGGCCCUGGCGGGGAUCGAAGUCCAGUUGCCGAAAAUCGCUCAGGAAAAUUUUUCUACGAACGGCACGAUAACCUUGCCGAGGUCGAGUCACGCGAGACCUUGCAACGUUCAACAUUCGCCGAUUCUCGAUAUCAGCGACGUCGUCGGUGACUUUGAGGCGACCUUGAGACGUUCCUCGAGGCCUUCGAAAACCACGAAUCACCGAGAUAACGGUGAAAGAAAUAUCGACAGCUGCGUAUCCUCGACACCUGUACAAAAUGCACCGCAAAGCGAUAUCCCGGCGGACUUUGACAGUGCCAGUAUUGGCAGCGGAAACUCGAACCUCAGCACCGGAGCAUUGCAGAACAUCAGGGAGCAAAUGGCUCUGGCGUUGGAAAGGAUGCGGGAUUUGGAGGAGCAGGUUAAGGCAAUCCCCAUGUUACAAGUCAAAGUAUCCGUUUUGAAGGAAGAGAAAAGGAAUCUGCAACAGCAGAUCAAAGAGCUCAACGAGGUCAGUGCGAACGACGACAGAAACACGUCGGAAAUGUACCAGAGUCAAUCGUUCUCCGACGAACGCAAUAAUUCGGUCACUCCCGGUCCGAAAAUUCCCACCAGAGACAUGGGAACCAUGUGCGGAGUGAUGACCAGGGACGUCGGAGUUUCUCAUCAACAGACAAGGACCAGAGACGCCGGUAUGGUGACCAGCACCCCGAUCCAUCGGCAUUCCGAUGAGGACCGGACGACCGCGAGCAUCGACGAUUCCCUGCUGACGACGCCGCAGAGGUGCAACACGGUGCUCAAGAGUCUGGAACGCAGCAGACUGCAGAUCGAGAGCAUCCUGCCGUGCGUUAUGGGGAGGCCCGAGCCGAAGUUGUCCCGCAGCGGUCUGAAGUUGGAGAACAUAUUCCCGGAACUGAAACAGCCGAAGGUGUUGGAACGGAGCGAUUUGCGAAUCGAAGCGAUACACCCGGAUCUGAGCAUGCUGAAAAACUCGACUGACUCGACCGUCGGUAGAAAAAAAAUGGAGUCCUCCGCCAGUCACAAACGGAGGAAGCUCCUACAGCGCAGCGGUCUUUAUUACGACGAGAUACUGCCGAAAAGCAGGGAAGAAUUUUUGAAAAUAAAGACCAGAACCUGCGCCACCGAAACGACUCUGAACAUGAAGGAUGUCCGGACGAAGGACGAGUUCGCUGAGGACCUCGAGGAAAGUUUGAGGAUCUUCAAAGCCGAGAACACCCCAAAGAAAGUGACGACGAUAUCCGCGGAGACGCAGUGCUCGCCAGAAUCGGCGAAACCGUUGCUGAAAAUCGUCGAAAAAUCGGAGAAGGCUGUCCAGGCAUCCAAACCGUUGAAAUUGACGUCGAGCAUCGGGGUGACGGUGAAACCGAGGUCGUCGGACAUCGGAAUCGAGGCGAAACCGGGUCCCGGGACUAGGAACGUCGCGGUGGGACCCGAUCCGGUGGCGACGCAGUCGAUAUCCUUGAACGCUCUGGGUUCCAGGAGUCAUUCCUUCAACUACGGCGACGCGAAGGUCGCGAGGAAGACGACCAAGUCGGUCGGCGUGACGGUCGAGGGUCUCGUGAAGACCGUCGCGAGGUCGACGGACACCGCGGGUUUGCUACCGAAGAAACGGGAGUUCGGAACUUCGACGACGAAGAAGAAAUUCGCCGACGUUUCCGUAGGCGGUUCCGUGAGACCGCACAUAAGCAUAUCCUGCUCGGAGAACUACUGCGACAACUGCAAGGACACCAUCAAAAAUCUGGCCAAACAAAUACUGAACAACAACGAGAACAUCAAUCAACAGAACAACAAUCAAGCGUCACGCAUACCGAGGCCGUCCUACAUCCCUCUCGGCUCGCCAACCGAUCACAGGAGGCAAUUCAAACGGCAGGACACCUAUACCAAGAUACCGGCGUCCACCGUCAUCAAGUACGACGCCGACAAUAAAGAACAGUACGAAUCAAACAACCGCCUCCAGCACCUGGACGUCGGGAACGUCGUCAACGACGAUGAGAAAUUGUCGUCCGAAGAGUCGUCGCCGUGUAAAAAACAGUCGGAAGACGUCGAGAAAAACGGAUUGCCGGACUCCGCGCUUUUCCAACCGAUUCAGGACAAACCGAGGCAGAAAGUCGAACCCUCCAGGGAAAUGCGCGCGGCUAUGAAAGUCCUGAACGACAAUCUGAAGAAAUCACCGAGCCGCAACAUAAGCCAUCAAAUAAAAAACGCGACGACGAUCAUCCAGCAGGAAUGGUUCAAGGUGUCGAGUACGGCGACCGCCAACCCGUUGGACGUUGAGGACUACUUGGACUGUUUCGAGGAGACUUCUGCCGCCCUACUGGAAUACAUCGUGAACAUGAACGACGCUAGCGGAAACACGGCCAUGCAUUACGCGGUUUCUCACGGGAAUUUCGACGUUGUUUCCAUACUCCUCGAUUCGAAAGUCUGCGACAUAGACACCGCGAACGUCGCCGGGUACACCGCCGUGAUGUUGGCCGCCCUCGCCGAAGUCAGAAAUUCGACCCACUCCUCCGUUGCCAACAGGCUUUUCCAGAUGGCCGACGUCAAUGUCAGAGCGAAACAGCACGGACAGACUGCUCUGAUGCUCGCCGUUUCCCACGGACGCAACGACAUGGCGAAGCUUCUUCUGGACGCCGGCGCCGCCGUCAACAUCCAGGACGAGGACGGCAGCACAGCUCUGAUGUGCGCCGCCGAGCACGGUCACACGGACAUCGUUCGUCUUCUCCUGGCUCACCCCGACUGCGAUUCCUCGAUCCUCGACGUCGACGGUAGUUCGGCGUUGAAAAUCGCCCUCGAAGCCGGUAAUCGCGACAUCGGGGUGCUCCUCUACGCCCACGAACACGUCAACCGCGGUAUCAGUCCGUAUUCCUCGAUGAGAAGGAGCGGCAGAAAGGGUUCGAAACCGACGACGCCAACCGGAGGACCUUCGCCGUCGGCGCCCGUGAGUCCGGCACCUUCGAGGAGACUAAACUCUUCGACGAUGUCGUUGAACUCGUCGAAAUUCGCGUCGAAAUGAUGAGCGCGCAAGAAAAAAAUUCUCCGGUGCGCCCGUCGAGGUCACCGGUGAGUUUUUAGAAUAUACCCAGACAUAUCUUGAGCGGAAGUGUACUCGUCGACUUUGAUUUUUCUUCUAAUCUCAUCGUCGUUUCCUUUUUUUUUUCUCUCUUUGGGACAUCGUGAGCCGAUCAAAAUUUGAAUCGAUCUCUCGAACUGAUUGAAACAGCGUUUGUAAACGGAAGGAGUAACAUUUUUCUUCUUUUUUUUUUUUUUUACGAUACGUUGACGAGAUAUUGUACUAAUUAGGCAAAGGGAAUAAUCACUGCCCGAUAUAUCCUGCAUAAAAUCAAAGUUAGUAAUAUAUCUUAUCAGAGUUCGAUUCGAUAUCGCGUGCCUGAUACGGUAUUGGGCCCGGAGUUGUGUAAAUAGUACGUAAGGAUAUAUAUUUUUUUUUUUCUCAUUCCAGAUCAAACCGCGAAAAAUGCAUUUCUUUCUACGCUCGUGUAUUUUACAAGGGAUUACAUUUUUUUUAUCGUCCUUUUCCCCUCUUUGUUUUUUUUUUACUUGAUUUUCGUGUAAAAUAGGUUCAAGUGGUGCUGUAAGCGAUUAAUAUAAUAUGGCACACGUCUUGCCCGAUUUGUACUUCUUUAAAUCGUUUUUGAUUUAAAAGCAAGUAUGCUUACGAUUGAAUAUACGGUGAACAAUGUUGUUUUCUUUUCUUUUUUUUUUUAAGUUGUAACAUUCAUUUUCGAUUACAGCGAUCGAACCGAAAUCAGUUCCGAUCGUGGAUGUAAAAUAAUAACCAGAUUACGAAGCACGAUAAUUGUUGAGCGAGUAACGGGAUGAAAUCGAUCGAUUUUUUUGAGGGUUUAAACAUUUUCUAAUAGCAACGUAAACGAACAAAUAUUAAACAGGAUUACACGGAACAAAGCGUACAGGUAAAGUUAAAGGUCUUCCAACGCACUUGUAGAAGCGCAGUUUUCCAUCCAAAGGAAUAAAAGAAUAACGCAAACGAAGAACAUUCCAAGAUAAAGAAACACG